CGAUUAAAUGCACCAAACCGCGUAUUCUAUAUACGUUCUGGGAUUUCCCCCUCAUGUAACUAUUGCACACGUCUUCAUCUUUUGGUUGAAGUUUAUAUACCUGGAACAAGGACCUGGAGGACUGACGGGCUCUUUCUGUUCUCCGCCCCCUCGCCACAUUUCGUAACGAGUUCAGUGUGUGACAGGUCGAGAAGAUGAAAGCUCAGUUCUGCUGCUUGGUGAGUGCUGCUGUUUUAUUUUGUCUGUUUGGAUGGUUGAGCACAACAGUAGCUGCUCCAGGACGAAACUCAACAGUGGUCAGUCACUGUCCACGGAAGCUGACAGUUGUGCCGUCCAGACGAGGAUGUGUUUCUGAUAAAGAUUGUGCUGGAGAACAGAAAUGCUGUGUGUUCGACUGUGGGGCUGUGUGUGUGCCACCUGCGUUCACAAAGCCAGGAGUGUGUCCAUGGAGAAUAUUUGGAGCAGGUGUGUGUGCCGAGUACUGCGCCAAUGAUAGCGACUGCCUGAACAAUGAGAAAUGCUGCAGCAAUGGGUGUGGACACAAAUGUACGCCUCCAUAUACGGAUGUGAUGGAGCAGCAGAAGGUGCUGCGCUCCAGCUGUUUGGUGAGUGGAGUCCACACCCCUCCCAUCCGUCACCACAGCAAGCUAGCCACGCUGGGGCGCAUUUUCAGGCCAUGGAAAUGGAGGAAAAAGAAAAACGAAAAGCUGAAGCAGAGCUCUACAGAUGUGGCCUUGGCCUGUGGACUUCACUCUCCAGACUUGAGCUCUUCCAUUCAGGGCAUCUCAGAUGCAGAAAUCCGGCUGCCUGGCUGUCAGGGGCCCAUACUUAGCAUCAGUAGCAUGGAGUACCUCAGCUCAGAGCAAGACAAUCUCCCUACAGUGGUAGAUUUAGUACAGAACAGCGAGACAACAGACGAACCAAAUUCAAAUGAGGAAGAGGAGGAAGAGGAGGUCAUUCCAUGUGUGAAUGAAAAUGAGGAUUUUGAGGAAGAUGCAGAGGACAAAGAGGAAGAUGAGGAAGAUGAGCCGCAGGAACAGUCUCCUCCAAGCAGUCAUUGCAAUCUUGUGUCUCAGCUUAGCACUGAGGAAGAUCCGGGUAAACUCAUCGUCACAACUGUGCCUCAGUCAAAUUAUUUUUUUGCAAAAGAACUGCCUAGAGUCCCUGAAGGCCCUACUCCUGUGGUUUUAAGAGGGCCUUUUAGUAAUACUGUGGGUUCACCACAUAUAGGAAGCAUACAUCCGCCACUGCCCCCAAGCUGUAUAAUAGAGGAACUGCACCGAGCCCUGGCAACAAAGCUCAGACAAGAGAGCAUCGAACGGGAGUCUAGUGGAGAGAAAGAGAACAGGAAAGAAUCAGAGGAAAACAAGGAAAACGUUAGACAGGACCACUGCUUCACUGAUGCUUCAGAAAUUAUCUAUGACAUUGACAGCUGGAACGAAUCUGUCAUUUCUGGUACAUUGCCAAGGAGGAUGAGGAAGGAGCUGCUGGCCGUGAAGCUUCGGAAUCGCCCCAGCAAACAGGAGCUAGAGGAUAGAAACAUUUUCCCUGCGCGGAGUGACCAGGAAAGACAGGAGAUCCGUCAACAGAUUGAAAUGAAGCUUGCCAAGAGACUCAGUCAGCGGCCAGCCGUUGAAGAGCUGGAGAGCAGAAAUAUUUUAAAACAGAGGAACGAUCAGACAGAGCAAGAGGAAAGAAGAGAGAUUAAACAGAGGCUUAACAGAAAGCUCAACCAGAGGCCAACAGUUGAUGAACUAAGGGAAAGAAAGAUUCUCAUCCGCUUCAGUGACUAUGUUGAGGUGGCCAAAGCCCAGGAUUAUGACAGGAGAGCUGACAAACCCUGGACCAGACUGUCUGCAUCUGAUAAGGCGGCCAUCCGCAAAGAGUUGAAUGAGUUUAAAAGCACUGAGAUGGAGGUACAUGCUUCAAGCAAGCACCUAACGAGGUUUCACAGGCCCUAAGAGGGGGUUUUCUUCUGUGAAGAAACUACUGAAAGUGUUGUUCAUGUGAAAAUCCUGGAGGUACCUCUUCCAGAGCCGUGGCGUUGUCCAUGGGAUUCUCUUAUUCUUCCAGCGUGUGGUUAAUGCUGGAGGCUGUGUCUCCACUGUGGGUGGCUGCCGGAAGAAAUCUGAGAAACAUCUGUGACCUACAUUUCACCUGAAGCUGAUCAACUGGAGCAGCAGGGGACUUCAGUUCUUGGUGUUUUUAAACCGGACUGCAUUUCAUUGAAUGCUAAGAAAAAGAUGAAUCAGUUCUGGGUAAAUGUUUGUGUACAUGUAACCAGCUCGGCUGUAAAAAACAUACAAAAAAAAAAUAAAUAAAGUAGGGGGGAAAAAAAACUAG